CUCCUCCCCGCUCCAACGACCUCCCCCAUUUGGAUCCUUACUAGCCCUCAGCAUCCCACGCCGAUGGAGGCUGGGGACACUUCCUCCGGCGGCGGCGAGUCGGCGGGUGAGCUGGUGCUCCGCGCUGCGGCGCUGGUGCCAUGGACGCGCUACGCCCUGGCGGCCCUCGCCAUCGCCUCCGCGCUCCUGUACCGCUUCCUGGAGCUCCACUUCCUCGGCGACCUCCUCCGCGGCCUCCGCGGCGGCCGCGUCGCCCUCACCUUCCACCCCGACUCCCGCGUGUACCACCGGGUCGCCUCCAAGUGCCGCUCCCUCCACGGCAGGUACCUGACGACGCCGUGGCUGGCGAGCCCUCAUUUGCAGACAUUGUUCCUGAGCAUCUCCGGCAGACCUCCUUCGUUCACUUACAAGAGGCAGCUGUACACUGUUCGUGAUGGUGGAACCAUUGCUUUGGAUUGGUUACUAGCCUCUGAUAUUGAAGCUGGACAUGUUGGUUCUUGUGAUGGAACCAUUUCUAAGGAUGAUUCAACACCCCUUCUUGUUGUGAUACCUGGAUUAACUAGUGAUUCUAGUGCUGCUUAUGUGAAGCACUUGGUCUUUUCUAUGGCAAGCAAAGGAUGGAAUGUUGUUGUAAGCAAUCACAGGGGUCUGGGUGGCAUCUCUAUAACGUCUGAUUGCUUUUACAAUGCGGGAUGGACAGAAGAUAUGCGUGAAGUUGUUAAUUUUCUUCAUCAAAGGUACCCAGUGGCUCCACUAUUCACCGUUGGGACAAGCAUUGGUGCCAAUAUUCUGGUCAAGUAUCUUGGAGAAGAAGGUGAAAGUACGCCUGUAGCUGGUGCUGUAUCUAUUUGUUCACCCUGGGAUCUACUGGUGACCAACAGAUUUAUUUCACGCAAGCUUGUGCAGCGAUGUUACGACAGAGCUCUUGCAAUUGGUCUCAAAGGAUAUGCAAAACUACACCAACCAGUCUUAGCACGACUUGCAAACUGGGAAGCUAUUACAUUGUCACGCUCUAUCCGGGAAUUUGACCGCCAUGCCACAUGCGUUGUUGCAAAAUAUGAGACUGUGGACACAUUCUACCGCAAGUGCAGCAGUGCAAGCUAUAUUGGUAAUGUGUCAGUUCCCUUGCUUUGUAUCAGUGCUUUAGAUGACCCCCUUUGCACAAGGGAGGCCAUUCCCUGGGAUGAAUGCAGGGCAAACAAAAACAUUGUUUUGGCAACUACACCGAAUGGUGGACAUCUUGCUUUCUUUGAAGGCCUAACUGCCGGAAGACUAUGGUGGGUGAGGGCUGUUUCCGAGUUCCUCUGUGCCCUACAUGAUAGCCCCUACAUGCAUCAGCAAAAGGCACAAGAGCAUGAUUUGCACUCUUCGCUGGAAUCAUCGAUCGACAAGAGCCCAUAUGUGAACUUCAUGGAAGACGGAAUGGUAGCUGCAGUAACAAAUGAUGGUCCUGAUAACGAUGACAACUUGCAGAACCAGAUUGUUGGCGAAAUCGAACGGAAUGAUGACAUGGUUGCCGUACAACAGAAUGAAAACAGCAGGGAAAUACAGAAUGAAUGUGAGAGUGGGCUGGAGAACAAAAACCGCUCACAAGGGAACGCAAUGCCUGUCCAAGGCCACGGAGGAUCACAGGAACAGGGAGAACUAUGUGCGAAUAAAAUCCGUGAUGCCAUUGCUCCUGUUAAGAAAUCCAUAAACCAACUCACUCGAUCCCAGGGGAGGUCAGUCUGGUUGCUUGCUUACAUUGCUGUUGUAACGUCUUGGCCAUUGCUUGGCACCCUAGGUUAUUUCUUGUUUAGGAAAAAGUUUAGGAAUUCUCUGCCAGCUAAGAAGCUAUAGAAAUUGUGAUCACUCUGCCUACACAAAUUUGUUUCAGUUGUAAUAUGUAAAAUAAUCUUGGUCAUGACCAGUGAUGCACGUAUUUAUGCACCAUUGCCUAACAAGAAAAGAUCCAGCUGAAACGUAAUGCCUA